AUGACGACAUUCCGGAUAGGCGGGAGUGGAGCCCACCCCCGCAAGGCUCUGACCCUCUUAGGCCUUUCCUCUGGAUCGCGCUCUCGUUCGUCCCCUUCCCGACCGCGGGACCAUCUGGAGCAUCUGAUCCUCAAGCACGGUUACCCCACUCCCGUCUCCCUGUCCUCCCUGCGGGAUUUGACGGCCACCUCCUCAACAUAUAACCCGCCCACCCCUCCUCAUCCGCGACGUUCUCGUCGAUCGGACUCAAUUCCCAUCGACGCCUUCGACUCUCUUACCCUCUCUGCUUCGUCCACCAGGCCCAUUCCAAUCCCUCGCCGCCGCCACGGCCUAGAGUACGACGAUCAUCUCCCCGUGACGCCGCUCACUGGCCGCUUUGAUCACGACGAUUACCUGGAAGACUGGGAGCGUGCCUCACUCUCGGCUAGAUCCAGACAUCUUCGAUCGCCGCUUGGAUCAACCCGUUCAUCCCGAUACCAUCAUCACUCUCCUCUUCCUCGCAGCAUGCGUGCCGAUCAUUCCCCCUUCUACUCGCCGGUUGCUUCACCCACCAUGUCCCCCCGCCGCCCAAGUUCCCCACAACCCUCGCGCUCGCGCACCCAAACCCCAGCCAAGGCUAUGCCAGGCUUCCAUCUCGGAAGUCUACCUCGCUUCCACCCUGCCGUCUACCAGUCCAGCACCGGCGGUCACUCGGUCACCGGCCAGCCGCCGUCUCCCCGGCAAUCCCGGCAAGGGAAUUACCGCACCGCAUCGGGGUCACGCGACAUCAAAUGGCAGUAUCGAGACCUGCUGGACGGCUCAACGCAAAGUCCGUCGGCCCCGCGCCUUGAUCCCCUGCGCAGCCCGGGUCCCGUCACGCCGCUGGCUCUCGAGUCUGCUGACUAUCUGGCCGCCGGGAAUGCUGGUAACGUAGGCCAUGGCUCUCGUGAUGCUGCUGGUCAGCACUCGGGCCCGCCAACGGAUUUGGUGGAGAAGUUGAUUGCGCGCGAGAAUGAAAAGGCACGGCAGAAGAAUCGCUUGUCUGCUAAGGGGCGGUGA